CUUCCAGGUCGUUGGCGCAUAUCGAAUCUCGCGGUACGGUAUGCCGAGAGACAAAGCAGUGUGCGAUAUUUUAGAUGCUUCGUUCUAUAAAUCACCCUACCGUGACAGAAGGAAUGAUUUUACUUCACGGGAAUUAUCUCAAUGUCUAAGAGAAACUACCACUUUAUACAUCGGGAAUUUGUCUUUCUACACUCGUGAAGAACAAAUUUGGGAACUAUUUAGCCGAGCCGGCGAAAUCAAGCGCGUCAUUAUGGGCUUACACAGAUUUGAUAAAACUCCAUGUGGGUUUUGUUUUGUGGAAUAUUGUACACGGGACGGUGCGGAAAUGGCCAUGAGAUACAUUAACAAAACCCGAUUAGAUGAUCGAAUAAUUCGCACAGACUGGGAUGCGGGUUUUGAAGAAGGAAGACAGUAUGGCCGGGGAAGAAGUGGUGGACAGUAAUCGUACUAACUACAUACUUUUAGGCCUUGUACACUAGUUAGCUACUACUAGACAUUAAAACAUUGCAACCUCAAGAAAAUGUACAUUUACCCAUCUUCUACAUUUCACAUUAUGAUAGGAAAUAAAGGAAGAAAUAAUCACAUCAAUAACCUCAUAAGCAACUCAAGCCUCAAAAAGAGUAAAGCUCUCAAAAGUUCUGCACAAAUUUAAGAUCAGCUUAUUUUGAUGAUCUUCAUUUAUGCUAACCAUUUUAUCAAGUUGAUUUAUAAACAUGUGUUUGACGUUUUCCUUGUUGGUUUAUAUCUUAACUUUGUCAACAUGACGGUUGACUUCAGAUUGACACAGAUGCCGUGCAUCUGUAGGUUGUCUAAGAUUCUUAUAGUUUCUUCAACCUCAGACUUGUCUUCAGAUGUACAUAUUCGUUUGUCCAAUGGAUGAUAUAUUGCAGUACGUAACUGCGAAUUUCGUCAUUGUCAUGUAAAAUUAAAUGAUAAGUGUUUUACCCACAGUAACGUAGUGUAAUUUUCUUCAGACUUGUGUUCUUUUAUCGUAUCUUUCGCAUGCAUAAUACUUGCGUUAGAAUGUGAGGGACGCUAAGAAAGUUUGAAAAUUCAAGGGACGAAAUAUUUUUGUGGAUAGAAAGUUAACCUGUGUUCUAGUUCCUAAAAAUGAUUUAAAAUUGGCUGAAAAGAAAUAUCUUUCGAAAAUAUAGGAUAUCCAAUUUUUAUUAUUAGUUUAUUUCAAUUUAGUUUUUCAAUGAAGUUUCAAAACUGUAACUGACCGAUUAACCGGUAUUUGCUAAUUUGUUUAUGUCUGGUUUUAAGAUUUAUGCUUUUGAUGUACUUACUAAUCAGUCUGAUACAUAAUUAAAGAUGGACUGGUCAAUAGGAUCCUAUAAUAAAAACAUGAGCUCAAUUUUCUUACUAUAAAUAUCGUUUGUAGGCACCAAUACCAUGGUCGAACUUGAUAGUUUCAAAUAAAUUUGGCAUAGUUCGAAAGAUUUCAUGAUUGAACUAAUGCUUAAUGGACAUCUGCUAGAUAUUGUCGUACUCAAGUAAGAACAACACAUAUAAGCGAACAAUUGUUUUCAAUUAGAUCGUCAUCAGGCUUUACUCUAAUAUACAUGAAUAUUUAUACGAAAAUGUUAAACCAAUCAAGGCAAUAUGAGUCAAUAAUCACAAUGAAAUAAAAUAAGUCUCUAGGUAAAAGUACAAGUUGAUAGUAGGAAGACAGGUGAACUGAUAAUAGUGAGAAUAAUAAAAUACAAUAACAAAACUCUUAUCAAUAGUUAAACGUUGGAAAUGGAAGGUCAAAUAAACAUGGGUAAAUAGACUAGGAAUAGUAAUCACAAAACAUUAAAAUCAUUACGUAAUAAGAUGUGUGUAAAUAAUUAGAUAGUGAAGAAUACAAAGAGGCGGAAAAUUACAAACAAAUAAUGGAUGUGAAAAUAAGGUCAAUGAUAACACAAAUAAAAUAAAAUGAAUAAGGAUAAUAAUAAAAUAAAAUAAAUAAAUAAAAAGAAUUGUUAGUUAAGUUAUAACUGGCCAUGGAAGGGAUAGGGGGGUCACGUAUUUCUUCUGUACACAUAAAUUGGGGUUAUAUGUACGAAUUCCAAUGGCUUCAGCUAUAUAUAGGAGACGGGAACGGACUCCGUCGUAUACCUCCAUCAUUUCCCGACGCAGCUGUUAGGAAACGGGUACUAGGUAAGGAUGGCAAAUCAAUUGAUGAAGUAGUGAAACUUCAUCAGUUGAGAUGGCUGGGACACGUGUUACGUAUGCCCAACCACCGACUACCUCGACGUGCUAUAUUCAGUGGUAUAGGAGUAGGUUGGAAGAAAGCUAGGGGCGGCC